AGUGCUCUCAUAGAUCUGAUGGAUAGUAACAGCCUAUUCUCCUUUUACUGACUUCCCCUUUUCCUUUACCUGAGAAAAAGUAAAGAAAACACUAAUACAAACAAAAUAGAAAAAGAGAGGAAAAAAACACGAGUCUUUCCCACCUUAUAAUCGGCUCUGUCCUGCCCACUUCUGUAACUAGCAAAAAGAUUAUCAAUGGGGGAGGAAGAGAAGAAGCCCGAGGAGAAAAAACCAGAGGAAGAGAAGAAAGAAGAGGCACCCAAAGAUGAAAAACCAAGCGGCGACGAGAAGAAGGAGGAGAAAAAGGCAGAGGAAGCAACACCAGAACCCCCACCCCCAGAAAUUGUAUUGAGAGUUUUCAUGCAUUGUGAAGGUUGUGCUCGUAAAGUCCGCAAAUCCCUCAAAGGCUUCCAAGGAGUUGAGGAUGUAAUCACUGAUUGCAAGACGCAUAAGGUGGUUGUCAAAGGGGAAAAGGCAGAUCCACUAAAGGUUUUAGAGAGAGUACAGAAAAAGAGCCAUAGACAAGUUGAGCUUCUCUCUCCAAUCCCAAAGCCUCCGCCCGCAGAAGAACCCAAGAAGCCAGAGGAGAAGGAACUCGCUAAACCCCAAGAGAAAAAAGAGGAGUCACAGGUGAUUACUGUAGUUCUGAAAGUUCACAUGCAUUGUGAGGCUUGUGCUCAAGAAAUCAAAAGGCGUAUACAAAAAAUGAAAGGCGUGGAGAAUGCAGAACCAGACUUAAAGAACUCACAAGUGACAGUAAAAGGUGUGUUUGAGGCAUCAAAACUGGUGGAUUAUGUAAGCAAGAGAAGUGGAAAAUGGGCAGUAAUCGUGAAAGUAGAACCAGAAAAGAAAGAAGAGGAGAAGCCCAAUGACGAAGCAAAAGAAGAGAAGAAAAGCGAAAAAGAAGCCAAGAAAGUUGAAGAAGAAGAAAGAAAAGAAAAAAAGGAAGGUGGAGGAGAAGCAGCAGCUAAAGAAGAAACAGCAGCAGCAGCUAAAGAAGAAACUGUUGAAGUAGACCCAAAAGUAGAAGUGAAGAAGAAUGAAUUUUACUACUACCACCACCCUCAGAAUUUUCAAGUGCAUCCACAGAGAUUUGCACAUGAAAUGCAUGCAUACCCUCCACCUCCACAGAUUUUCAGUGAUGAAAAUCCUAAUGCAUGUUCCGUGAUGUAAAUUUCAAGGGGUAGAAUGGUAACAUGGGAAGUGAUUUCUGUAACUUGUGGUGCUCCUCACGUGGCCUAUCUUGGGACUCGCUUAAGUACAAUUCUGCUAUAGACAAAUACUGUACAACUUUGUGAGGCCUUUGUACCAUUUUGUUUUCUUUAUUAUAAUCCUGCUGUUAUAUACUCCCUAUGUAUGAUACAAUAAGAUGAUAUAUGACAAUUUAAUAUACUAAUUGCCCCUUCCGAGUUA